CUCAUUCAUUAUCCCAUACCUAUACCUACAGUAUAGUACAGUAGUCCGACCGACACCCUAAAAUGGGAUCUGUGCCGUCCCCUCCUCCUCAGCCGCACCCGCUGGCGCAGCUCUCCAAGGAUGAGUUUUGCAAGGCACGCGACGUCAUCGUCAAAUCUCAUGACUCUAGCGAAUCGCUCUUCUUCCGUUCCAUUUACCUACAGGAGCCCAGAAAGGAAGAGCUGGUCCCCUUCCUCGAGGCCGAGCAUGCGGGUACCCUCAGUGAUGCCACUCAGCGCCCGCCGAGGAGCGCUUUCGUGGAUUACGACAUUGUGAAGCCCGAUAAGCACCAGAAUGUACGGAGCGUCGUUCGUCUCGACAGCGGAGAAGUCGUGUCCAGCCAACACACUGUUGAUGAGGCAUACCCAUACUUCACCUUGGCCGAGUUCGCCAAGUGCGAGGACAUUAUCCUCAAGUCAGACUUGUUCAAAGAGGCCAUGUCCGAGUUCUCUUUACCCGAGGGCUUCGUCAUCACUGUCGACCCCUGGCCAACCGGUGGCGCGGACGGUGCUGGUGAGCCUCGCUACAUGCAGGGACUGGUGUUUGCGAAAGACGCAUCCAAGAAGAAUAACGACACAAACCAUUACGGCUUUCCGAUACCCAUCAUCCCCAUCAUAGACUGGGUCACGCUCAAGGUCAUCCGAGUCGACCGACUCGCCACCGGCGGCGCGGACGACGGCAUCGAACCCGCACCACGCGGCAACGCGCCCAAGAAGCUGUUCAGGAACAUCCGGUCGGCAGAGUACGUCCCGGAGCUCCUGGACCGGCCGUUAAGGGAGGGCCUGAAGCCCUUGAACGUGGUGCAGCCAGAGGGGGCUUCCUUCACCGUGCAAUCUGAUGGCCUCGUCGAGUGGCAGAACUGGAGGUUCCGGCUCGGCGUCACGCCCCGCGAAGGCGCCGUGUUGCACGAUGUCUGCUACUCAAAUCGCCCAGUCAUGUACCGGCUCAGCUACAGCGAGCUUACAGUGCCGUACGGCGAUCCUCGCCCCCCUUUCCAUCGCAAGCAAGCCUUCGACUUCGGAGACGGUGGAUGUGGGCGGGCGGCCAACGUCCUGGAGCUGGGUUGCGACUGCUUGGGCGCAAUCCACUACGUCAGCAGCUUCAUCGCUUCUGCGGAUGGCUCGCCCACGGAGGCCAAGUCCGUCGUUUGCCUUCACGAGCAGGACAAUGGCAUACUUUUCAAGCAUACAAACUUCCGGACCGGGCGCGCCGUGGUGACGCGGUCGAGGGAGCUUGUCGUACAGUUCAUCGCCACCCUCGCCAAUUACGAAUACGUCUUUGCCUUCAAGCUCGACCUCGCCGGCGGCAUCACCCUCGAGACCAGGGCGACAGGUAUUGUGAGCGUGGUUGCCAUUGAUGAGGGGAAGAAAAGCAACUACGGCAACGUCGUCUCGCCGGGUGUGCUCGCGCAGAACCAUCAGCACAUCUUUGCCGCGCGAAUCGAUCCGGCCAUCGACUCUUACAGGCAAGGCGACACGCAAGUUGUCGUCGAGGAGAGCCACGGCGCAAAGAUUGACGCAAAGACGAAUCCACAUGGGAACCUGUACGAAGUCCGGAGGUCGACCGUGGCCGCUCCCACGUGGAUCGACGCCGAACCCAAGGUCAACCGCACGCUCAGACUCGAGAACCCCAAGAAGCAGAACGAAGUCUCUGGAAAGAAGGUCGGGUACAAGCUAAUGGCGCCGGCAACGCAGAUGAUGAUGGCCGACGAUGACAGCAUCUUGGCCAAACGUGCUCCGUUCGCCAAGCACAACAUGUGGGUGACGGGCCACCGGGACGGGGAGCUGUGGGCUGCCGGAGAGUUUACGAACCAGAGCCGCCGCGAGAAGGGGGGCGUGAGUGACAUGGUUUCACGCGGCGACUGGUUUACGGACGAUGGCAACUCCCACACUGCCGAUGCUGCCAACGGAAAUGGCCACCUUGAUCCUCAUGACUCGACGUCUGGCAGGAAGAGCAGCCCGGUGCUUUGGCCAGUGUAUGGCUUCACUCACAACCCAAGAGUUGAAGACUGGCCCGUAAUGCCGGUCGAGGCGUAUCAGAUACACCUGCGCCCAGCUGACUUCUUCACAAGCAACCCCGCCUUGGAUGUCCCUUCUACUCGCAACCAAUCGAGCGUACUGGUGCAAUGCUGCGGCGAUGUGGACGAACAAGGUAAGACUGUUCGGGAGAUCCUGGGGAAUGGCCAAGGAUAGAAUACUGGUGGCGAGCCGCAAAGCCACGGCGAAACGCAAUCCUCGGUGGAC